AUGCGCGACAGGUCCAGAUCAAGAAGGCUUACUUUGAGAUGGCCAAGCAGAUGCAUCCGGAUCGGCACCAUGGGACGGACGUGGAGGAGGGUGCCACCCGGGCCUUCGAGCAUCUCCAAAAAGCAUACAGCGUCCUGUCCAACCCGGAGAAGCGCCGUGCCUACGACGCGUCGCUGGGCAACGGCGAGGGCUCAGCAGCCCAGGCUCUCCGAGGCCAAGGGACGGGUCCCGCGGGUGGACGCUCAUGGCUGCACCGUGAGGAGUCGACCAGGCGGCCAUGGUACUCGCAGAUUUCGUUCAGGAGGUUGUGGUAUCGCGCUUCCAAGCAGGCGGGCGCAAGGCCAUCUUUCCUGGGCCCGGUUUUCUUCGUGGCCGGUGUGUUCACAAUUUUCCGCGGUAUUCCCCUGGGAGUCAUGUACAUGCUUGACGACAAGGAUAGGAUCGCGAUGCUGA